CGGGCAGUGCGGCUGGAGAAGCUGUGGAGCGUCCAGGGCUACAAGUCGUGUGCACUUCGAAUUGCUGGGGAGGCAGACCCUCGCUACUUCCCAGAACCAGCUGCUGCUGCUGCUGCUGCUGCUGGCGUUGCUGCUGAGGGUGUCGGAGACACGCAGCCAGCCCACGGAGAGUCGGAAGCAGCAGCAGCAGCAGCAGCAGCAGCGCAGCGGGCAAUCCCUGCAGAGUCCUUCUUCCUCUUUCCCCCGCUGCAAGACGACGAAAGGGAGCUUGAGGAAGAAGCCGCGGCAGCCCGCAGCAGCAGCAGCAGCAGCAGCAGCAGGUACCUGCACUUGCGCGUCGGCGACGCCACCCGCCCCCAGAGUGUCUGGGGGGCCCCCAGGGGCCCCCAAGUGAUUUGCCUGUUUGUAGAAAAGGGGGGCAGGUGGACUUCGAGGGGCUUUUUUGCUGCUGUUGACAGACUCAGUGCAGAGCCGCAGCAGGCUUUCCUCAGGGCCCACAAGUGUCGAGACCUGCGGGGGGGCGACGUGCACUUGGUCCGCAUCCGCGAGGGUCUUUUUGCUGCUCUUGCUGUUUGCAUUGAGGAGAGCAGCAGCAGCAGCAGCAGCAGCAGCAGGAAAGGCGGCGGUGGCUUUUACGUGAAGGUCAAGGACUUGCUGCGGUGCCUCACGCUGCUGUCUGUACACUGCAGAGCCCACGCAGCGUCGCUACACCUCCCCCGCUGCAGCACGCCCUGCCGGUACAGCCUCAGCAGCAGCAGCAGCAGCAGCAGCAGCACGAAUGAGCUGCUGCAUAGGCUGCUGCAGGAGACCUUCGCAAGGAGACAGGUGCAUGCAAUAACGUAUUUGCUGCCGCGGAAAGGAGACACCUCAGGCGGCGCUGCAGCAGCAAGAGACAGAACUGCUGCAGCGGGAAACCCCACAAGCAGCAGCAGCUAUCGCAGCAGCCAGCAGCUGAGAGACACAAACGCAGCAGCAGCUGCUGCUGCUGCAGCAGCUGCAGGAGCAGCAAGGCCUGAUGCACGGAGAAGAGAUGAGCAAGAGGAAAAGAUCAAGACAGAAGUAAGGAGACCUCUUGGCCCCAUAGGAUGGAGCGCACUCCGGAAAAAGCAGCGGAUCGACCCACAACAGCAGCAGCAACAGCAGCAGCAGCAGCAGCUGCAGCAACAGCAGCAGCAGCAGCAACAGCAACAGCAACAGCCGCAGCAGCAGCAACAGCGGCAGCAGCAGCUUGCCUCUGGAAACAAAUACGCUGGUAAAGCAAUCGAUGCUGCUGCUGCGAGUACACUUACAGAGGCCGGGAAGAGCAAUAUAGGCCCAGCAGCAGCAGCAGCAACAGCAGCAGCAACAGCUGCUGCAACAGCGAGAGAGCAGCAUCCAAACGCUGAGCAGGAAGAAGGUAGAAAAGGACCAGCAGCAGCUGCGGAGCUGCUGCUGUCUAGUUCUGCUGCUGCAGUUCCCUCUGCUGCUGCUGCUGCUGGUGAUGCUGGUGCUGAAGAUAAAGUUGACUCUGGUUUUGAUGCGAAGACGGAGACACAGCAGCAGCAGCCGCAGCAGCAGCAGCAACAACAGGAGCCACAGAGGGAGCAGCAGCAACAGCAGCCGAAGCAGCAGCAGCCACCACAGCAGCAACGACUGCAGCAGCAAGAGCAGCUAGAGCAACAACGACUGCAGGAGCAACAGCAGCUGCAGCAGCAACAGCGGCUGCAGCAGCAACGACUGCAGCAGCAGCAGCUGGAGCAACAACGACUGCAGCAGCAGCAGCAGCUGCAGCAGCGAGGGUUUAACCGGCCCCUUGGGCAGCAGGGGACUCCCUGGGGGGCCUCCCAGGGGCAGCAGGGGGCCCCCUGGGGGGCCCCCCAGGGGCAGCAGGGGGGCCCCCGAGGUGACCCUCCAACUGUUUGGCUGAUUGUGGGGAUGAGCUUUUUGCAGGUAAGCAGCAAAGAGAGGCAGCAGCAAAAAAGGAGAAUAAAAAGAGACUGA